GUCCAACUGUGUUUUGUCUUUCGAGCAAUCCUGCAUUCAAAUGUCGAGCUCCCCGAAUCCGAUACGAAUAUGGUGUUGUGAUACACCACAAGCCGAGACCUCGAAGCAACCUUCCAAUUGACCUCACGUCGUCGACACCAUCCUCAUGAGAGGUAAGCACAAAUCGGUCUGUCAGGCCUGCAGAAGACGACGGCUCGGAUGCGAUGGCAAAGUACCCCAAUGCACCCAGUGCACGUUCAGCGGCAAGGUCUGCCCGGGGUACGCGCAGAUUCUGACGAUCAUUCACCAUAAGUCGGAAGAGAAUUCUUCAGCUUCUGCAUCAGCCACAGAUUAUGAGUCCCGGUCUCGAAAUUGGAUUGCUUCGAUUGAAGUGGACGCGAACGCCCCGUUCAACAACUCUCUAGGCCGUCCCAGGCUGGACGGCUCCAGCAUCUCAAAUGCCAGUUACUCUAUACUGUCCGACCUGAUAAUUGAGGCAUACAUCCCCACCAACGAGAUUCGCUUCCUCUCAUGCAGAAGCACCACCCCGACCCUACAUUCCAGGAUUUGUGGUUCGUGGGUCGACGGGCUGGUCAAGAUCAAGCGGCCAAGCAGACAUUAUGCCGUUCUUAUGGCGGCGAUGAGGGCCAUGUGUCUGACGUUUGUCGAGCGCGGUAUAGGUCGAUAUGCGGAGACAGAGUACGUCCAGACGUACUGCAAUGUGCUGAUGGCCUUGAGAGAGGCCUUGACGGAAAGUUCCCAAGUGUUCGAGGCGGAUUUGGCUCUAGCGAGUAUGUGUUUGACACUAUCUGAGGUGAUGGUCCCGACCACAGAAGGCGGCUGGCAGGCACAUGUGAAAGGUGUCAGUGAGCUGAUUCGGCGCUGUGAGCCUCAUAUGCUCUGCGAUGGUAUCAAUCACAGCCUUUUUGUUGGAUUUCGGCCUCUGAUUAUCUUGCAAGCCUUGAAUGACCGCAAAUCCGUCUUUCUUUCCUCAGAAGACUGGAUUAAAGUGCCAUUUUCGCGACAUGGAGCAACCUCAAUGCAAGCCUUAUUGUCCGAAGCUGCCGUAAUUCCGUCCCUUCUCGAAAGCAUUGAUGCGUUGAGGACAGUGGCGAACAGCGAGUUGCCAGUUGCUGUUUCGACACUCCAUGACUCGCUGAGGCGGGUUUUGGCAUGCCUUUGGCAGUGGGAGCAAAUGCUGAUUGCCGCUGCAGAGGGGAGGCCUUUGUUUUGGGAGGUCCCAUCAGCCCCGUUGCGCAAGUCAGAACAUCGACUGCCUGCAAAGGCCUUGUAUUUUCCGGAUGUCUCUGCGGCAAAUGCAUACGUCCACUUCUGGGCAUUUCAGAUUGUUUGUCUUACGCAGCUUGAUGUGCUGCGAGGGUACUCAACUGUGCCGGGGACGUCCGUAGCUUCAGACCAAGAUGACGAACCCCUUCGAAAAAAUAUCAUUGCGCUUGCCACCAACAUAUGCCAGAGUAUGGAGUAUUUGAUGCAGGAUGAGAUGAAGCUGUACGGUCCAGCUUCGACAUUUUACGCUCUCAGGAUCGUGUAUGAGACAGUGAGCGCUUUCCGGGCCGCUGAAGCUGGCGCACAGAUUAUCGAGUGGUGUCGAGGGGUUGCCAACUGCCUGGUCAAGAAAGGCCUGGGGCUCGCAACAUUGACUUUGCGGGAGGUUCCCUAGGGUGAGCAUGGAAUGAGCUAGCGGCGUCGUUACAGAAGUCAACGGCUUGGUGAAGCCAUUGCAGGGACUCUCAUGGUCGUCCAACAGCUGACGCUCAGCAAGGUCAUGAAAUAGAUACCGCCGAUGGGAAAG